GGUGGCAGAGAGGAGCUAUUGACGCCCAGGUAGACAUUUCUAUCUCAUACACACAUAGCCCUUUACCUACUCAAGUUUAGAGAGAAGAGCGAGGGAAAAGAUAGAGGCUGUUGGUACCUUUUCUAGAUAGCUAACCUGGGUGACUGGAAAGCUAACACACCUGUGAGAGCUUCACUGGAGAUGUAGCUGCAGCCCUCCAGUCUAGUAACAGGAAACUCGCCAUCAUGGGAGAAGCUCAAAAGGGCUUACUCUCUGUCAUUGAGAAACUGAAGGGAUCCACAGAGCAGGAAGUCAGGAUAGUGCUUCUGGGUUUGGACAACGCCGGCAAGACCACCCUGCUGAAGAGCCUCGCCUCUGAGGAUGUGAGCACCAUCACACCAACACAGGGCUUCAACAUAAAGAGUGUUGCCUCUAAUGGCAUGAAACUCAAUGUUUGGGACAUUGGAGGACAAAGGAAGAUCAGGCCUUUUUGGAAAAAGUACCUGGAAAACACAGACCUGUUGAUUUAUGUAAUUGACAGUGCAGACAAGAAGCGGUUUGAAGAGACGGGACUGGAGUUGUCCGAGCUAAUUGAUGAGGAGAACCUAAAAGGCGUACCAGUCCUCAUCUUUGCCAAUAAGCAGGAUCUGGCCACAUCCUCACCGGCCAGCGAGGUCGCAGAGGGCCUCAACCUGCACACGUACCGGGACCGGGAGUGGCAGAUUCAGGCGUGCUCAGCUGUGUCUGGGGAGGGAGUUCAGGAUGGCAUGAACUGGAUUUGCAACAACAUUGUGAAUAAGAAGAAGUGAACCAACCUCAUCAAACAGAGAAACAGCAUCACAUAAGGGAUUAAAAAGACGACAUCACUUCUUUCAAUACCACCACACCCCACAUAUGGCAGGUCCUUCUCCCCUCACAGAUUGAAUGAUAUUUUGUUUUUACAAUUUGUGUCCUUUUUAUGAAUGUUUUGCAAAUGUAGCUCAUUUUAAAAACAUAUGAUAGCUGCAAUAUGUUAAUUGGGCACUUAUUAGUAAUUGUUCUGUCCAAAAAAUGUAUGUUGUUGCCCCCCCUUUCCCGAGGGUCGUUGUCUGGUGAGUCUGUGUGCUUUCUGAAACACCAAGAAAACCAAUCUGAGUGUGUAGCCAUGUAGAACUGUUGGGGUUUGUCAGUUACAUAGAAGUGAAGUGUGAGUGUAAAGUAUGUGUUUGGAGAUUUUUGACAAUAAAAAAAUUAGUCAUUUCUG